UUUGUACGCAUGAUACAUCGUCAAUUGAGUAUUAAUUAACAGCAAAUAUUAAUGCAAGAUUGAUGUUGGUUUCGCUUGCCGAUUAGUCGUCACAUCGGUCGCUCUGUAAUCGUAAAUGAAAUAAGUGAGAAUUAAAUCGUUUCCCGCGCGUUCAAUUUCGCUUUCGUGAAAUUAAUAUAGAUUUGAACAUAGAUUCGACGUUUUGUGAAUGUGUUGCGUAGUACUAAUUUCAAAAAUGGAUAUACUGGCAGUAGUGUAUACUUGUAUAUAUGAGAUUUCGACGGUCUCGAAAAGGGCUGAGGCUCUGAAGUGACCUGGGUGGUCCGGCAAUCAUUCUUAGGAUUUUCUCUGACGAUGUAACAAUGUUAUGCAAUUUGCUCUACCAUCGUCAUUACGAUUUUUUCUAAUCUAUACAACGCUAUAUUUUUAUCAUCUGUGCAAUUCUGAAAACACAUAAGAAUUUACAUCGCAAAUGUCAAAUAUUUAAAAAGUAUCUGGUCGUCGCAGAUCCAAAGUACGUAUCCCCUCUUCUCUAGAAAAAAAGAGACAUUUCAAAAGCGUCUUAAAGGCAUUUAGAUAUCCACUACCCGGUAGAGACUCGCAAAAGAAAAUUGAUUCAGCAUCAUCUUCGUAAGAGAGAUGCUGCAAAAAGUGAUUCUGAGAUUAAGAUGCACUGUCCAAACGAUGCACUUUCGUUCUCUGUCAAAAUUGUCAGCUAGUUUGAAGGAGAAUCCAGGCGAUAGGAUGCAAGCUUGGCAGAUACACUCAUACAAUGGUCUGGAGAGCUUAAAACUCUCUAACAUUAGAAUACCAGUGAUUAUGAAUCCCACUGAUGUCCUGGUGAAGAUUGAAGCCGCUAGUGUGAACCCCAUUGAUGUCUCGAUGACAGAUGGCUAUGGCAACACUCUUUUAAAUGCCAUACGAAAAACUAAGACUUUGACUUUUAGAACAUUUGAAGAAAUGGAUUUGCCAUUGACAUUAGGUAGAGACUUUGGAGGAGUAAUUGUAUCAAAAGGAUUGGCUGUAGGGGACAGACUCAAGCUAGGCGAAGAAGUUUGGGGAGUAGUUCCGAUUGAACAGCAGGGCUGUCAUGCAAAUUACGUUAUCGUUAACAGUAACUUAGUUAAUCCCCGUCCUCGGAAAUUGUCUCAUAUCGAGGCUGCAAGUAUCCUGUACGCUGGACUUACUGCAUGGUCCGCACUAUGGAUAACAGGCGGGCUAUGUUAUAAAACAGCAUUAAUUACAAAACUGAAUAGGCGCGUUCUAGUUAUGGGAGGCUCAGGAGGUGUUGGUACCUUGGCUAUACAGCUGCUGAAAGCUUGGAACAUGCAUGUAAUUAGCACUUGCAGUAGUGACGCUGUUGAGAUGCUACAGAAUUUAGGUGCUGAUGUUGUCAUUGAUUACAAGCAAGAUGGUGCUGAUGCAGAAAUUAUUUCAGAGGGACCGUAUGACAUGAUCUUAGAUUGUGCGAAUCAGGGACCAGAGCAUGUCAGAAUGAAGGGAUACCCGCACGAUACUUACAUAGCGUUAAACUCGCCUCUGUUAAAAAAUGUUGAUCAUCACGGACUGAUUAUGGGAAUGGCGAGGAAUCUUGGGGAUCUUCUGAAGUUUAAUAUUCCAAAUGCGGAAAACAAAAGUUGUGUUAAAUGGGCAUUUUUUAUGCCCUCCCAGACAGGGAUCAACGUUCUUCAGAAGCUCGUGGAAAACGGAAAGAUUGUGCCUGUUGUUCAGCAGGUGUAUGCUUUCCAAGAUUUACCACAGGCAUAUGAGAGAUUAAAGCAAGGCCACUUAAGAGGCAAACUAGUCAUUGAUAUGAGAUAAUAAACUGAGUUAAAUAUGUCAUUGUAUAUAAAAAUUUAGUUUACUUUUUACAAAUAAUUUGUUAACAAUAAAUAAUUGUUCUACAUAA